GGGAGGAGGAAGAAGGGAACGGGGUCGGAGCCGUCGGACCAAAGACACUAGGGCCGGGAAGAGUCAGCUCCGGCCCAACUAGGAACUCUUCCUCCAUCCCUGAGCAUAAAAACCUAACGAGUCCAGACGCUGCCCCUGGCAGGCCCCACCUUACACUCGGCAGACACCGGAUCCAGACUCCCAGGACUACUCCGGGACUGAGGGACGCUCAGCCCCUCCAAGUCAGCCAUGGUGAGGCACUGGAGGCCCCCGGGCCCCACCCCUCCAGCCUGACCACACUGCCCUCGGUGCCCUCCUCCAGAAGCCCGAGAUGCGGGGGGCCGGGAGGCAGCACUCCUGGCUCCCCAGAGAGGCGUGGGUCUGGGGCUGAGGGCCAGGGCCCGGAUGCCCUGGUUCCGGAAUUAGGGCCUCAGCAGCCAGCAAGGGUGGGGACCACUGGCACCCGGAGAAGGACCCCACACACAUUCCAACGACGGCUCCCGGUCAUGGAGCCCUUGAAGAACCUCUUCCUCAAGAGCCCUCUGGGGUCAUGGAAUGGCAGUGGCAGCGGGGGCGGUGGGGGGGGUGGUGGAGGAGGCAGGCCGGAAGGGUCCCCGAAGGCGGCAGCUUAUGCCAACCCUGUUUGGACAGCCCUGUUUGACUAUGAGCCCAACGGGCAGGACGAGCUGGCCCUGCGGAAAGGCGACCGUGUGGAGGUGCUAUCCAGGGAUGCAGCCAUCUCAGGAGAUGAGGGCUGGUGGGCAGGCCAAGUGGGCGGCCAGGUGGGCAUCUUCCCUUCCAACUAUGUGUCUCGGGGUGGCGGCCCACCCCCCUGCGAGGUGGCUAGCUUCCAGGAGCUGCGGCUGGAGGAGGUGAUCGGCAUUGGUGGCUUCGGCAAGGUCUACCGUGGCAGCUGGCGAGGGGAGCUGGUGGCUGUGAAGGCAGCUCGCCAGGACCCCGAUGAAGACAUCAGUGUGACAGCUGAGAGCGUUCGUCAGGAGGCCCGGCUUUUUGCCAUGCUCGCACAUCCGAACAUCAUUGCCCUCAAAGCUGUGUGCCUGGAGGAGCCAAACUUAUGCCUAGUGAUGGAAUAUGCAGCAGGUGGGCCUCUCAGCCGCGCCCUGGCUGGGCGGCGUGUGCCUCCCCAUGUGCUGGUCAACUGGGCUGUGCAGAUUGCCCGUGGGAUGCACUACCUGCACUGUGAGGCCUUGGUGCCUGUCAUCCACCGAGACCUCAAGUCCAACAACAUUCUGCUGCUGCAGCCCAUUGAGGGUGAUGACAUGGAACUUAAGACCCUGAAGAUCACCGACUUUGGCCUGGCCCGAGAGUGGCACAAAACCACACAAAUGAGUGCUGCAGGCACCUAUGCCUGGAUGGCUCCCGAGGUUAUCAAGGCCUCAACCUUCUCUAAGGGCAGCGAUGUCUGGAGCUUUGGGGUGCUGCUGUGGGAACUGCUGACUGGGGAGGUGCCCUACCGAGGUAUUGACUGUCUUGCUGUGGCCUACGGUGUGGCUGUUAACAAGCUCACAUUGCCCAUCCCAUCCACCUGCCCCGAGCCCUUCGCUCAACUCAUGGCCGACUGCUGGGCACAGGACCCCCACCGCAGGCCAGACUUCGCUUCCAUUCUGCAGCAGUUGGAGGCCCUGGAGGCGCAGGUCCUGCGGGAAAUGCCGCGGGACUCCUUCCAUUCCAUGCAGGAGGGCUGGAAACGUGAGAUCCAGGGCCUUUUCGACGAGCUGCGGGCCAAGGAAAAGGAACUACUCAGCCGCGAGGAGGAGCUGACGCGCGCGGCGCGCGAGCAGCGGUCACAGGCGGAGCAGCUGCGGCGGCGCGAACACCUGUUGGCCCAGUGGGAGCUAGAGGUGUUCGAGCGCGAGCUGACGCUGCUGCUGCAGCAAGUGGACCGAGAACGGCCCCACGUGCGCCGCCGCCGGGGCACCUUUAAGCGCAGCAAGCUCCGAGCGCGCGACGGCGGCGAGCGCAUCAGCAUGCCUCUGGACUUCAAGCACCGCAUCACUGUGCAGGCCUCACCUGGCCUUGACCGGAGGAGAAACGUCUUCGAGGUUGGGGCCGGGGACUCACCCACCUUUCCUCGGUUCCGAGCCAUCCAGUUGGAGCCUGCAGAGCCUGGCCAGGCAUGGGGCCGCCAGUCCCCCCGACGAAUGGAGGACUCAAGCAAUGGAGAGCGGCGAGCAUGCUGGGCCUGGGGUCCCAGUUCCCCCAAGCCUGGAGAGGCCCAGAAUGGGAGGAGAAGGUCCCGCAUGGACGAAGCCACGUGGUACCUGGAUUCAGAUGACUCACCCCCCUUAGGACCUCCUUCCACACCCCCAACACUCAACGGUCACAGCCCAGAGCCCGAGGAGCCACGGCGGCAGGGCCCUGCAGAGCGUGGCAGCAGCUCCGGGACACCCAAGCUGAUCCAGCGCGCACUCUUGCGUGGCACUGCCCUGCUUGCCUCACUGGGCCUUGGGCGCGACCUGCAGCCACCUGGAGGCCUAAACCGCGAGCGUGCAGAGCCCACACCAGUGCCACCCACACCAGCGCCCACACCCUGCCCCACCCAGCCGCCCUCUGUCCCGCUCAUCCGCCUCUCUCCCAAGACGCCUGAUGGCCACAGCCAGCACACCCCUGGGCCCCUACUGCUAGACCUUGGUAUCCCCUCUGGCCAACCAUCUGCCAAGAGCCCCCGGCGAGAGGAGACCCAUGGAGGCACCGUUUCACCCCCGCCAGGAAUAUCACGCUCCGCUCCUGGUACCCCAGGCACCCCACGUUCACCACCACUAGGCCUCAUCAGCCGACCUCGGCCCUCACCCCUUCGUAGCCGCAUUGACCCAUGGAGUUUCGUGUCAGCUGGGCCACGGCCUUCACCCUUGCCCUCGCCACAGCCUGCGCACCGACGGGCACCCUGGACCUUGUUCCCAGACUCAGAUCCCUUCUGGGACUCCCCACCUGCCAACCCUUUCCGGGGAGGCCCCCAGGACUGUAGAGCGCAGACCAAAGACAUGGGUGCCCAGGCCCCAUGGGCACCAGAGGCAGGGCCAUGAGUGGGCCAGGCCAUUCACCCCCCCACGCUCCAGCUGCCUUAGAGGAGCCACUGCAAACACUGGAAUGGGCACCAGGCAGGCCUCUGUAGCUGCCUGGUUUCCCCCAGCGUCCCCACCCCCCCAUGGGGGUCAGGAACACUACACUGCACAGGAAACCUUCACACUGGAUGGGGGGACCUGCACCCCCCACACCUGCAACCUGUAGGUCCCCCUGACUUACCUGCCCCACUGGGGCCUUAUACUGUACCCAACUGGUUGGGAGGACCAGAGCCUGUCUCAGGGAAUUGCCCUAGGGGUGGCACAGGGAGGAGGGGAGGUGCAAGGGAGAGGGGCCAGCCUUAGCUGUCACCAGCACUUUUGACCAAGUCCUGCUACUGUGGCCCCUGCCCCAGGGCUUAGUUUCUGGACCCAUGCCCUGGGAGUCAUUGGGGGGCGGGGCUCUCUGGGUGCCUUCCUGCUGCUCCAGCCAAGGUUAGGGCCUUGGCCUGCCUGGGGCUCCAAAGAAGCCAAAUAAACUUGUAAGCUCUCUUCCCAGAUUCAUCCUGUCAUCUUUCUUAGAGGUGAACCAGUGUCCUCAUGCCUCUAGCACAACAAGCAGAUAGCCUGGGCCAGAAUGCCUUGUACCACACCCCUCUCUUGGGACCAAGCCCACUAGCUUAGGUCCAUCAUUUAGGGCCUAUCUCAGCCUCUCUAUCACCAUAUACACUGGCCUUACCUGCCUUCUCACUCUUGCCAGAUUUUGUUCACUCUACAUCUUUGUGUGUUCAAGUAACUACUUGCUCCCAAUCUUCUCUGUUGUCGGCUAGUCCUUGCCUAUCCUCUGAGCCCAGCUGCAAUGUCACCUUCCCUAGGACAUCUUCCCCAGCCACACUGUCCCCACUCUAGGCAGAUCUGUGACCUUGACCUCAGAAGCCCAUAGCCCACUGGGUGCCAGUGGCUCACACCUGUAAUCCUAGCUACUCAAGAGGCAGAAAUCAGGAGGAUUGUGGUUCAAA